AUGUUUGACCCAUCAGAGAGAUUCAGACAACUGGCAAGAACAGUCGAAAAAAAGCCUCGAGUACUGAUCACUGGUUCGCUAGGACAGUUAGGUCGUGGUUUAGCUUCAGUACUUAGGUUAAUGUAUGGACAAGACAGCGUUUUAAUGACCGAUAUCGUCAAGGCUCCCAGUGAUCCACAUAUUGCUCCAUAUUGCUACUUGGACAUCCUCAAUGUUCCAGCAAUAUCCGAGGUAGUUGUUAAUCACAAUAUUGACACAAUAGUGCAUUUCUCAGCCUUGUUGAGCGCUGUUGGUGAGAACAAUGUACCACUUGCACUCCAAGUGAAUGGCCAAGGAGUGCAAAAUGUUCUCGAAGUUGCUAAAAAUCACAAACUACAAGUGUUUAUACCAAGUACCAUCGGAGCUUUUGGACCAACGACACCAAGACAGAACACUCCGGAUUUGUGUAUUCAACGACCACGAACUAUAUAUGGGGUUACCAAAGUUUACGCAGAACUGCUCGGUGAGUAUUAUCACGAACGUUUUGGUGUUGAUUUUCGAUCUCUUCGGUUCCCAGGAAUUAUUAGUGCAAUAAAGCCGGGAGGAGGAACAACUGAUUACGCCAUUCAAAUCUUUUAUGACGCAAUAUUGUACGGAAAGCAUAAAUGCUAUCUAAAGCCAGAUACCAGGCUCCCAAUGAUGUAUGACAACGACUGCACCGCUUCAGUCGUUUUCUUCUUGGCUUCUGAUGGCAAUAAACUCCCUCAACGAACCUACAACGUUACUGGGUAUUCCUUUACACCUGAAGAAAUUGCAGCUGAAAUUCGUAAAAUUAUGCCUGAAUUCAAGAUAGAAUACGAAAUUUGUCCAAUAAGGCAAAAGAUUGCUGACUCUUGGCCCCAAAGUCUCGAUGAUAGCCAUGCCAAAAGGGAUUGGGGGUGGAAGCCAGCUUAUGACCUGGAUGCAACCGUAAAAAUCAUGUUUGACCUGAUCGGAAGGCAAAUUGAGCAGGAGAAAAAAAUUUCAGCAUCCGCGUAA